AUGGCGCCGGCGGCGUCGGGGCGGGCCUUGCACUCCUCGCGCAGCGCGCGCGCGGUGCGCGCCGCGAAGAGGGGCCCCGGCCAGCGCUCUCAGCAGCCGCCGGGCGCGGCCGUGGGCGCGCUGCCGCUGCUGGCGAUGGAGGAGGUGCUGGCGGCCAUCCAGAGCCUCUACAUGGACGAGCUCAGGCCCUUCGGCCGCAUCCUGCGCAAGCGCCUGGCCGAGCAGUCCUUGGCCGCGAGGUGCACCGCCCCCGACAUCGACAUGGACUGCCUGCGCGCGACCUGCGUGGCCUGCCCCUGGCUCCGGGUGGAGGACUUGGAGGGAGGCGACUGGGCGGCGCUCUUCACGUGCUACCCGGAGGCCUUCGUCGACAUCUACAGCCCCGAGGACGUGUACCCUGCGGAGCUGUGGCAGGCCGCGGCGGCGUAUUUCGAGGGCCUGGACGACCAGCACAUGGUCCUGCCUGGCGGACGCUACUCCUGCGCCCAGGAGCUCAUGGCGCGCGGCCUGGACUUCCUCGAGGGUUACUCCCUUGGGCGGGUGAGCCACGUGGUGCAGCUGGCCAUCUCCCAGAAGAAGCUGCUGGGCUACCUCAACGGCGCCGUGGUACCCUACGGGCGGUCGGGCUCCAAGGCGAAGGACGAGUGCGCCGUGCGCCAGCAGCCCUUCGCUGGAGCCCCGCACGCGCCCAGCGAGCAGCCGCUGCUGGCGGAGUGGGAGCAGCUGCGCGAGUGCAUGAGGAGCCUGAUGCUCCACGUGCCCGUCGACGGCUCGAUGCCGCUCUCCAACGUCAAGCGCCUCUUCAGGUCGCGCUUCCAGACGGAGCUGAGCGAGACCGCCCUGGGCCACUCGAAGCUGUCGGAGCUGCUGAACGACCCACGGCUGCAGGACACCUGCUUCGUGAAGCUGCAGGGGCACGGCUACGUCGUCGCGCACCCGCAGCAGCCGAAGCCGCACGGCCUGCCCAUCUCCCUGUCGUCCAGCAUCCGGCCCGGGUCGCCGCCCGCGUCCCCGGUGCUCGAGGAGGAAGGGAGCCUCCACAUCACCUUCGCGGCGGCGCCCGCAUCCCCGGUGCUCGAGGAGGAGGGGAGCCUCCACGUCACCUCCGCGGCGGCGCCCGCGCCCCCCGCGCCCGAGGAGCAGGGGAGCCUCCGCGUCUCCUUCGCGGAGCCCGCGCCCGGGGCGGGCGAGGAGGCGGGGAGCCUGCAGGUCACGCUCGUGGACCCCGAGCGGCCCUCGUCGGAGAGCUCCCCGCACAGGAGGUACAGGAUCCGCAACACCUUCGUCGAGGUGGAGGACGAGCCGCUCGGGCAGGCGUCCCCCUGGGCCGGGGGCCUCCGGGCCGCGCCGCUGCGCUGGAACACGGCGCCAGGGUGCUUCGGCUUCGACCUCGACUCCGACUCGGACGGGGAUUGCGACGACGAGGACGACCGCGGCAGCAGCGGGCGGCUGUCCGCGGUCGCCGGCUCCGCGGAGGGCGGCCCGCACGGCUGCGCCGCCGACAGCUGCAGCACGCAGACGGGCGCCGGGGACGAGGAGUUCCCCUGGGCGCCGCUGGGAGGCUGCGCCCGCGGGUCGGAAUCCGACCUGGCCUUGGCCAAG